AUGUCGCUCAUAUCGAUGCGCUUCGAGUUGUUCCAGAAGCAACGGUUUGCGUCGGCCGUGGAAAGCGUGGUCCGCCUUGUCGGUGAAUGGCAAAAGAGUGAUGCAGAAUAUGGCGUGACGAUGGUCGUUGCUGCUGAAGAUCUGCCGCGCAGCAUGAACAGUCGCUUCGUCGACCUAGGCCCAACAGAUUUGCGAUACCAGAAGCUCGCUCUCGCAAUCGAACGCCUGCGCAUUCACUGGAACCACGCCGCCUUCUUUGGAAAAGCGCAAACGAUACUGGACCACAUGACUGCCGCACAGGAUCCCAAGGGCCUGCGAUGCUUUGAGCAAGUCGUCUACCUUGGAAGUAGCGCCGUCUUCAAUGCCGUUCCGUUGUGGACGAAACCAGAGGGCCCAACUGCUGAAGGACUGCUACGCGAUCCGAACCUCAGACUGUUAGAGUUAUUGCAGAAAGCGCGCCUGACGGGAGGAGGGGAUACGGACGUGUCUAUCCACCUCAUUGAGACAGCGCUGUGCGAACGUGUGCACACAUUGUUCCCGGAGAUCGAAUCCCCACCGAGCAAAAUCCCCGACCGACACGUGUCGAUCGAUCGCCCGGAGCUGCGGCGCCUUCUUUCGCCAUUACCACCUAAGAGAAUAAGCAAAUCCAGUGACAAGUCGGUCAAAAACGCGACAGGAUAUGUGUGGGAAGGGUGCGGCAAGCCUGACAUUAUGGUCCAUGCUUCACCGCAAGGUCCCGGGACCAAAACUCUGCUAGACAGUGGCUGUACGGCAUCAUGCGUGGCGAAAGUAUGGUUCGUCAAGCACUAUCUCGACGCAACCAUCCGGACUCUCUCCAAGCCUCUGUGGUCUGUGGACUUUAGUGGUCACCGGACUAGCUGCGACGAGAUUGCAACUCUGAUCCUGUUGAUUGCAGUCAAGGACGGGAAAGGGAGGGAAGUUCUAGCUGAGAUUGAACACGAGGUCCGGGCUGCCAGUUACUGCCCUCGUGAUGUCCUGAUCGGAUGGGACAUCAUGACGAAGGGACAUAUCGUUGUCAGCGGCGUCGAAUGUAAAGCCUACUUUCGCUCGCACGGAGACGUCUACGCACGGCUUGUGUGA